AUGAAUUCUAACACUAACACUAAUAAGGUAAUUAGUAAUGUACCUGACUACUGUCAAGUAAUGAGAGUUAAAGGCUCAAAUGGAGAAGUAAAAGAACUUUUAUUUCCUAAAGCAUUGGAUCUUGAUAGACCUAAAAGACCAAGAACAACAUUUUCAACAAGUCAAUUAAAAACUCUUGAAUAUGAAUUUGAAAAAAAUCCAUAUCUUGUUGGAUCCGAUAGAAUAUUUCUUGCUAAAAAACUUAAUCUUACAGAAACACAAGUAAAAGUAUGGUUUCAAAAUAGAAGAACUAAAUGUAAAAGAAAAGUUGUUGAUAAUGGGAUGUCACAUAUAUCAAACAAUAAUUCAUUAUUAAAUGAAAAUAAUAGUAAUCCAUCUUCACCAAAUUUAGCACCAUCUACAUUAAAUAUUCAAUCGUGGAAUUCACAUCAGAUACCAGUAUCAUCAUUUAAUGGUUUCAACCCUUUUAUAUAUUUACCAACUCAUGUUCAAUUUCCAUUUGAUCAGGCACCUUUCUUUUCUGGAUCUAAUCAAAUGAAUAAUACAUUUCCAUCAUCAUACAAUUCUGCCUCUAAUGUUUGUCAUCAGAUAGGUAAUUAA